GGCAGCCAGUCGCGGGGGGCGCCGCCCUGUCCGUCCAUGGGCCUCUGAGGAGGAGGGGGCGGCCGGCCGGCCGAGGGGCGCCAUGCUCGGCUCGGACCUCUGCGAACUGGGCGGCCAGCUGCUCGACUUCGUGCGCCUCACCGUCUGCGCGCGAGGUUUCAUGGCCGACAAGGAGGGGGUGCGAGCGGCCCUGGAGGAGGAAGAGGAGGAGGGGGACGAGGUGGAGCUGGCCUACCAGGCCCCCGAAAAGAAGAGCCUUCAGGAGAUUCAACAGCUGGACAAGGACGAUGAGAGCCUCACCAAGUAUAAGCAGGCGCUGCUGGGGCCCGUGCCCGAGGUCGUAGACCCCAGCCUACCUGGCGUGCAGGUGAUCCGUCUGACCCUGGUGUGCGAAGAGGCCCCUGGACCCAUCACCAUGGACCUGGCAGGUGACUUGGAGGCUCUGAAGAACCAGGCUUUUGUGCUGAAGGAGGGGGUGGAUUACAGAGUGAAGAUUUCCUUCAAGGUGAACAAAGAGAUCGUCUGCGGCCUGAAAUAUCUGCACCACACGUACCGCAAGGGACUGCGUGUGGACAAGGCGGUGUACAUGGUGGGCAGCUACGGGCCGCGGGCGGAGGAGUACGAGUACCAGACCCCUCUGGAGGAGGCGCCCAGGGGGGUGCUGGUCCGGGGCCACUACCGCAUCAAAUCCUUCUUCACCGACGACGACAAGACGGACCACCUCUCCUGGGAGUGGCUCCUCCACAUAAAGAAGGACUGGAAAGACUAACCCUGUCCCCCUCCCCCACCUCGCCCGUCCCCCGCGCCCCGCACCAGACCCCCCGGCUCCCCCGAGCGGGAGGGGCCCUUCUGGGGGCGGGGGCGUCCACUCCCCUGGCCUGCGCUCGGGUCCACUCCGCUGGCCUGCGCUCGGGCAGGGAGCGAGGUGACGUGAGGGAGCCCGCCCCUGCCCACCCCGCUCUCUGCCCAGCCCCCGCAGGGACCAACGGCGGGAGGGGGCCCUCACGCCCCUUGUGCUGCCCAGUUAUGCAAACCCUGUCUUCUGUGUCCCGGCCCCGGGCCGCCCGUGGGGCAGAGCUGGCCCAAGUGACCAGCCGGUGCCCCUGCCCACUCCCUGCUGCUGCCCGGUGCCUGGUGCCCAGUGGCCCGUGGCACCUGGUGUGGCGGGGUUGGAGGGAAGGCCCUCCCCCUGCCCCUGCAGCCCAUUUCCUCUGUACCAAAGUUCCUUUGAGUUGCCUUGUGUGGUUUCUGUCAGGCCCCAGUCCCUUCUCGUCCGCUGCUGCCCAGCUGGCGGGCCGGGGGGCGGGGGGGAGCGGACACGCCAGUGCUGUGUGCGAAUGCCAUGGGGGCGCUGGCCCCCAUUGGGGAGGGUGUCGGGGCCCAGCUCCGGGGCACUGCGUUUCUCCCCCACCCAACCCCUCGCCCACCCGCUGCCCCCCACCCACCCCAUCACCGCGCCUGUCUGUGCUCACGUCCACCCCAUUAAACUCGAUCGGGUUCUGU